ACUGAACUGACAAAAAAAACAACUUGUGAAUUGACAAAACUGAAAAAGAAAUAUAUAUAAACGUGAAAAAAAUAAAUUGAACAGUGAAAUUAAGUAAUAUAAAAAAAAACUAGAACCCAAAGGAAAGCUUAAUAGUGAAGGAAGGCUCAAAUCAACAAUCAGCUUACAACAUUUCAUAGACGGAAUAAAGAAGGAACCAACAUAAACAGACAACCAAGAGGAUCAACUUAUCACCAUUUAAAAAGUAAGACUAGUUCCUAAGAAGAAAUUAAAAUAUCUAAUUAAUAUAAGAAAAUUAUUUAAAUGAAUGUGAUAGAGGAAUUCGAAAAGGAAAUCGAAUUUCUCAUUGAAUUGUACAUUGUAAAUGAAAAAGAUAGGGACAGUUUAAGAGGACUCUUAAGGAAUAAGAAAAAAUCAGGAAGACCAAUAAGAAUAUAGUAAGGGUAAAUAGAAGGAGACUCAUUUUAGAAAAGUUUGAAAAAUUUAUUCAUAAUGACAGAAGAAAAUCAAAAACCUUCAGUUAGGAUUGACCCAUUAAAAUAUUUAAACCAAAUUCCGGAAUUUAGCGGAGAUUAUCGUGAUUUACAAACCUUUAUUAACUUGAUAGAUAUGGUCUAUCCCAUACUUACUGUUUACGACGAACCUUCACAAUUACUAUUCUCAGAUAUAAUUAAAAGCAGACUUACUGGAAAGGCAAGAGAAGUUAUAGAGAUCAAUUGCCAAGUACAAUCAUGGACAGAUAUAAAGACUGUACUACAUAAUAAUUUCGGGGACAGAUGUGGACUUGAGGAACUGUUCGAUAAACUAAAAGGUACAACCUUCAAAACUAACAGUGUAGAAUUUUAUAAUGAAAUAAAGCAAAGACUUAGAAGUCUUAACAAUAAAACAAUUAUGACAAUCGGUUCCGGACCAGCGGCAAAUGAAUGUGCCAGAAAUAACAUGAAAACUGCCUUAAAUGUGUUUAAGGAAAAGAUUCCCGAACCUAUGCGUACAAUUCUAACAUGUAGGAACCCCCAGACCCUUGAAGUAGCAAUGGAAAUACUAUUCCAAGCUGGCUAUGCGUACGUCACAUCAACAAACGAAAUAUUUCCCAGCUAUGGAAAACCACCGAACAAAAUAGGACAUAAAAAUCGACAAACAUACCGACAAGUUGGUAACAACAAUUCUAAUAAUACAAAGACUUUUAACAAUCGAAACACGCAACCACAUUUUUCAUAUAAUCAACCAAACCCUCGAAAUCACUAUCGGAAUGACAUUCAAAAUAUCUCAAAUAAUUGGGAAAGAAGAGACUAUCGGAACUCUAAUCAUAACGGACAAAAUCAACAACAAAAUAACUGGAAUCCUUUCAGACAACAGGACAGACAAAAUAUACAACGUGACAACUAUUUCCCUAGACCUGAACCCAUGGACGUAAAUAACAUUGAGACACACCAAUUAAUCGCAAUCAUCCUCAAGGUGAAAAUUUUCGAUUUUCUGCCUCAAGAAAUACCAUACAUAAAAGUGGAAACUAAAUUGGGACACCUCAAACUAAUUAUAGAUACAGAAAGUUCACCCUAUCCCUAUAAAAACAUUGCAACACCAAAUAAAUAUUAA